AUGGCCGCGCCGUUCGUCUACACCCGCAGCUCCGGCGGCGGCACCAGUCAGGACGCGGCCAUGCGGGCGGCGUUCGACGGCGACCUCCGGCGCCUCAGAGGUACUGUAAAGAGUCUCGACGACCCAAGGGCGGUCUUCUCUUACGACAUGGGUGGUGGCAUUGGUGUGCUGCACAUCGCAGCCGUCGGAGGGCAUCUUGAGGUUUGCAAAUACUUGGUGGAGGAACUCGGGGGAGAUGUGAAUGCUCCUGCUCCUGGAGUAGGAGACUUUGCAGGUGUGACACCCUUUAUGUCAUCUGCUCAGUCUGGCGAUGUUUCUACUGUGAAGUAUUUGCUUGAUCAUGGCGGUGAUCUAACAAAGUCAGAUGCUAAAGGACGCACAGUUCUCCACCAUGCGGCAUGCAUAGGAAGCUGUACGGUCACCGAGUUCCUACUUUCAAAAGGAGUAGCUGUUGACAUAGACUGUGGCCAUGGUACACCACUCCAUCAAGCUGCUACUAAUGAACAAGAUAAAACAGUAAAGAUUUUGUUGGAACACCAUGCAGAUCCUAACGCCACUGUCAUCGGGAUUGGUACUGCCCUGAUGGGUGCCCUUCUUUACCGUUCUUUGAAGUGCAUGAAGCUGCUGAUCAAGGGUGGCGCUGAUGUCAAUCGAGGGGGCUCCCUUCCGAUGACUCCCUUAGUGUUCACUACAGGGUGGGGAGGCUAUACAAACUUUGUGAAGUUUCUGUUAAAGGCAGGAGUGGAUCCUAAUAUUCCUGAUGCUUAUGGUAACUUACCAAUAGAGCUUGCUGCUAAACGUGACUGCAUGGAAGAAGUUGAAAUGUUGUUUCCUUUGACUUCCCCAAUACCAACUAUCCCAAACUGGAGUAUAGAUGGAAUCAUCUCGCAUGCAAAAUUUGAAAGUUCAAAGCCACUGGAUGGAAGGCAGCUUGAACAAACAAAAGCUACGCUCAAGGCACAUGCAGAUCAUUUAUUCAGGCUGAAGGACUACAAGGUGGCAUCAAAAGCAUAUGGUGUGGCAAUAGCUGUCGCGCCGAGUGCAACAUUGUACGCGAACAGGAGUCUUUGCAAACUGCUGUUGGAUGAUGGUGAAGGUGCUCUGUCAGAUGCUCUCAGAUGCAGAAUGCUGCGACCUAACUGGGUGAAAGCUUGCUACCGUCAGGCUGCAGCUCACAUGCUACUCAAGGAGUAUAAACAAGCUUGUGAUGCUCUCCUGGACGCUCAAAAGUUGGAUCCUGGAAACGUAGAGGUCGAGAGAGAGCUACGGAAGGCCAGGGAAUUAAUGAAAGCUCAUGGUGAGGCUGACAAGUGA